AGUCCUGCCCUGCGCGCUGUUCCCACAUCACUCUCACAUGUCGCUGUGAUCGGCUGAGCCCGUCCUGUCCUCCUCUCCUCUCUCUGUGGGAUCAUUUCUGCUGCUGCUGAAGUCUCUCUGGAUAUUUACACGUCUCUACAGGCUGGCUCUCAUCGCCUCCUAGUGUGCAGCCCGGGCAUUGAAACAAUGUGAUUUUUGGGGGGGUGGAAAAGACUCCAACCACAGGAAAUCCUAUUUGAUAGCAUCAAAAGAAACAGCAGCUGACUGCCUCUGUCUUCUCAAGUUUUCAAUACAGAGAAAGAAUGCACAGUCUGAGGACUUUAUGACACUUUGUCUGUGGAUCUAAUCUUUAAAUCAAACAAUAGAAAGAAAAGAAAACCCCAAAUAUGGCCACAGAGUCUUUUCAUGCUGCCUAUGCUGCUGUAGCUCCGUCCACCAUCCCCAUGACCCCCUCCACAAGGAACCUGCUGAGGAUGUUUCGUGAGUACCAGAGUAACGCUGUGAUCUUGCAGCACUACAACUUCACAGGCAAACUGCAGGAGAACAAGUACAAAGAAGGACUCAAACCAGAGGCCAUCGCCUUUCUGCUGGUGUGCGUGCUCAUAGUCGUAGAAAACGCCGUGGUCCUUCUGGCGAUCUGGAAGAACAAGAAGUUCCACCUGCCCAUGUACUACCUCCUGGGCAACCUGACUCUCUCCGACCUGCUCGCAGGCUUCACCUACAUGGUGAACAUCAUAACAUCCGGCGCCAACACUUUAAGCAUGACCCCGGUGCUGUGGUUCCUGAGGGAGGGGGGCGUGUUCAUCAUGCUGGCCGCCUCCGUCAUCAGCCUGCUGGCCAUCGCCAUAGAGCGUCACGUUACCAUGGUGAGGAUGAAGCCGUACCAGGGGGACAAACAGGGGCGGAUGUUCGCUCUGAUCGGCGCCAGCUGGGUGCUGUCGGUGUUCCUGGGUGUCCUGCCGGUCCUGGGCUGGAACUGUAUGGGCCAGCUGGACCAGUGCUCCACGGUCCUGCCGCUGUACGCCAAGAGCUACAUCCUCUUCUGCAUCACCAUCUUCAGCGCCAUCCUCAUGUCCAUCGUGGUGCUGUAUGUCCGCAUCUUCCGCAUCGUCAAGUCCAACACCCAGCGCCUUGCUUCAGUUCCGCAGCGCAAAGGCCUCUACAGGAAGUCCCAGAAGUACAUGGCCCUGCUGAAGACGGUCACCAUCGUCCUGGGAGUCUUCAUCAUGUGCUGGCUGCCGCUCUUCAUCCUCCUCCUGCUGGACUUCUGCUGUCCGGCCAAACAGUGUGGCGUGCUCUUUAAGGCGGACUAUUUCCUGGGCAUCGCCAUGUUCAACUCCCUCCUCAACCCCAUCAUCUACACGCUGACCAGCAAGGACAUGAGGAAGGCCAUCCUCCGGCUGCUCUGCCGACACUGCCUCCUGACUAAGGAUGGGCAGGUGAAGAAGAUCGGCAUGCCCUUCCUGGAGUGCAGCACCAGCAAGGCGGACGCAGCCUCUCACAGACUGGAGGGACUGGAGACGACCGUGUCCUCCGGUAACUUUACACCCUCUCCCAUCAAAGCCAUUUACCCCAGGAUGUCUAAAACAUGACCACUUAACUGAGAGCAAGGACUCGGACAAAAGACUUGGCUGCUUGUCUCUAAUCUGAGCUGCACCUGAGCUCCAGGCGAGUUAACAGUGCAUGACAGGAGCUGAAGGUUUGUGUUGCACUCUGCCAGGCGUGAACGGAAUAAACCGGAUGUGUGUUAGAGACGUUUAAAUUGGGAGAAAGACAUUAACCUUGAGAGUUUUCUAAUCACAAAAAGCAGAAAUGUCAGAGCCUCAAAAGUAGGCGUCAGUUUCCUGUGGAAAAAAAAAACAGCGUUACAUUUAUUUCUAAGACACUGAGAACAUGGCCAGUAUGAAAAAAUAUCAUUUCAUUCUAUCAGUUUUCCACAUGAAAUGAAAUCAAAGACUGUGCAGACAUGAAUGCAGCUAAUUACGCUGUACAUCUGAUAAACUGGGCCCGAAGCCCGAGCAUGAGGGUUUGUCCUUAUCUCCUCUCCUUGUGUAGCACAUAAUGACAUGUUGUUACAAACACGGAGCAUCCACACCCAAAACCUGCUGCCAAACCCUUGUAAUUUCUGCCAUGUGAGUUUUGGUCAGCAGCAGUGCAGGGUAGAGGUCCCCUCGGCCGAGAUCAGAGGCUCAGUGGCCUGGAGACGCACUGAGGACGUCAUACGGAGGGCUGCGCAGAGCGGUUUGCAGCUCUGGAGGUCCCCUCACAACACAUGUAGCGACACAUGAUGAAUGACUUAAAGCAAUAAAGCAGACAGUGGAGGUUUGUUGACGCCUGACGGAGAAUAUCACAGUGAUGUGCUGUAGGUCCUGCACAAACAUUUUAAGUGGAAACAGACAACUUUUAAACUUUUCCCCCCUCAUAUUUCAAAGUGGUAUUAAUUUCAGUUUCAAUGUGCUUUAUUGGCGCCAAUGUCAGGUGAACAAUACUGCCACAGUGUCCAGGAUAACAUUAUCGUUGGCGCAGCUGUUGCAAAAACAACAGGAUUGCUUUUCGUUUCUCCUCAGAGCCUACCAUCUACCAAAGAGCUUCCAUGGUUAUUUCUGUGGUUCCCAUGGAUGUAUAAAGAGAACUGGAGAACUGUCGCUCCAGUGUCUGAUUUCGUGACAUUUAACACAACAGCAUCGGCCUCUAGUGAGACAUACAACAUACACAUUAACAGUGCUUUCUAAAUAAUAAUAAUAAUAAUAAUAAUAAUAAUAAUAACAAUAACAAUAAUAAUAAUAAUAGUAUUAACAUGUAGGUAUGGAGCUCCCAGAUGUCAUUGUUUUCCCAAAUUGGGGACAUUUUUGGCAGCUGUUAAUCUUUCAGUUAGCUGCUAACUGCUAACAGCUCCUUUAAAACUCCUGCAAUGGGUAGCACACAUAACAUGUCGUCAAAAGUCACAUCUGUGCCGCCCAUGAUCCCAUCAGACAUCAAUUCGGCUCUGUAACCACCUUCGAUACUAGCGAGACAACUCUGUCCCCCUAUUCCGCGAUUGUACCUUUCAUACAGAACGACAACGCGGCACAGCGGUGUGAAAUUCUCGCCUUGAAGAGGCAGUGUAAAAAAGGCUUCUGAAAGUUACUCAGUGGUGCCGGAAGCCAAAAAAGUUUGACUAUUCGGAUCUUCCAUAUCACUGGGCCCAUAGAGUAAACGCACCUGAGACUUCCACGGACUGAGCUAGCUACUUCCCCUUUAGCGCUUUCAGGGUUCCUAUGGCUUGAGGCAAAACUUUGAGACUUUUUUAAUGAAUUAAAUUUAAGACCAAUUUUUUACAAUGACCUAAAGUGAAGAAAAAAAAACGAAGUGAAAUUAGUUAUGAAGGGUGAGAAACAUUUUUAUAUAAAACGUUUAGUGUGACAUAAAACAUUACCUUUGGGGAAACACCUUCCAUUUCUUGGCGAUUCUGUGUUUCUCACUCUACAUGUGGGACUCUUGAGUAAUUUACGCACGUGGAGCCAAGAAAGUUCAACUUCCAUGUUGCAUUUUUAAGACUAUUGAAAGAUUGAUUUAAGAUGUUUUAAUACCAAUCAAAGCCUUUUUGUUAGAUUAGUGAAUCUGCAGGAACCCUGCUUCCGCUGACUUGAAUGUGGCUAAAUGAUUUAAUCGUGUGGCUCAUCUAGACUUAAGAAAUGUUAUCAGACUGAAUGGAUCAAACCCUGAUCAUGAAACGAGUCAUUUCACCGGGGUUGUGACUCUCAGAAAUACGUACCCACUGAUUUACAGGCAUCUCUUUCACAAUGUAGGUCAAUGGGAAAGUCUUUUGGGCCCAUGGCAUCAUGGGACAGACCCACAGGUUGUAACUCCACAGUUUGGCCACUAUGUCAAAUUGGCUUCAAAGCCCGGUGCUGUUUCUGGGGUUUGGUUGCGCCACUGUCCACCAUUUCCUCUCCAGGGGAUAGUGACUGCAGAGAGCUUAUAUUAAUACUCUUGGUAACUUGGGAAAGCUGCUGGGAAAAACAAAUGUUUUGUCCUCCUCCUGUUUUGGUUGCACGAUGGUUGACGCACUUCCUUUGUGCCGUCACUCGAGCCCUCAGAUCGAAUCCGGUGGCACACAGAAAGUGAAUGCGAAGCUUAUAGGGGAUCAGCCUAAACACAGAUGGUGUCAUUAUUCUACAGCCGUUAUGUGUGCAAUCAACAUUUAAUUCAUAAGUUAAAGCAAAAAAAAUCUCUUUCUAGUUGGAGAAAGUUUCCCAUGAAAUGAUAUGAAUCUGUUUUUCUAGUGAAAGAGCUCAGAUAUCAUCGUGUCCCACACAACAGCAACCUGUCAAAGCCCCAGACAUCAGACUGUGUGGGCUUCAAAGACCUGGGGAAUUUCACUGUGGUUAUAGUGACAUAAAAUGUAAAAAAUGCCAACUGUAAUAUUGUACAUAAAUGUAAAAAGAAAAAUAAUCUAUUACUGAUUUGUUUUGUAUACGGUGUAAAUAUCUAUAGUCUUCUCUGAGCUGCAUUUUGUAUUUGUAAAAACCUCACUUAAGUUAUGAUGUCACUUUUUAUAAGUGCACUGAAUAAAAACAUGUGAAUGAAGUUUAAA